AUGGGCGGAGGCGACGAAAUGGACGCGCGCACGGGGCGGGGCGGGGGCGAGCCGACAACCGGCGCCGAAGGAAUGGAGGGAGACGAGAUCGGAUCUGAUCGGCGGCCGCAACAACCACGCGGACAAACAAGCGUCACCACUUGGACUGAGAUUGAUGAGGCCGGCGGGCACGCGGCCAGACGCAGAGCGGCGUCCGUCGACCGACCCGUCGGAAAACGCUUCGUUUUUACACAAAACACCCUACCGUUUGGAGUAAUCAACCCGCGAUCCGAGGUGAUUUGUAAAGAAAAAAACACGGCCAGAAACAGACCACGAACUCCUCUCCCUCUCUCCCACGAACUCCUCGCCGCCAACACCACCCGCGCCGCCGGCUUCCGGCGAGCUCCGACGCCGCGCAGCACGCCCCCAAGGCCCCCACGGUCCGCGCCUCCCUCCCCUCCGUCCAGAUUCUCCGUUCCCGUCCUCUACCGUCCGCUCGCAACCAAACCCCCGUGGCUAGGGUUUCGGGCUGGGCUUCGCCGGCGCGUCUCCGGCGGCCCCAGAUGCAGAUGGAGCACGCCAUGGGAGUUCCCCAUCCACCACGGUCACCGCCGGCAAGUGCUUCUUCACGGAGAUGUGAAGGACGCCAAGGACCUGCAGCUACUCAAGCUCAUUUGUGUGUGCUUCAUGUAUAUGCUCAUGCUUUUGAUGCUGCUGGACUUUGGAAUGCAUCCGCACAGUAACUUUCUGGGUAUGCUUGCAUUCAGGUUGUCAUUAGUUACGAGAUGGUACAUCAGUGUCUCCACUCUAGAGAUGAAUAUAAUACGCCAAAACACAGAAAUUAUUCCGUUCAAAGUGAAUGACACGGCGUAAAUGAAACAUGCGCUGAGCCUACUAAUGCGACUACCAAUACUGUUGCACUACUAGAACCCAAUGGCAUGAUGGUGCAGCAAAUAUGGUUUUUUAUUAGAUAGUUUUCUGCACUGUAUAUGUGAUAAAUUCACAAAUUUAUGAUUUUGAGGUACUGGUGAAGGUAGAUUCAAAUGAGUGAUGCAAAUUCAGAAUUCCACAGGUAGUGCCUAUGACUGACUAAGGGUACAUGAGUUGGAAGAAAGUCCAAGCAGAAGGAACUCCUGCAGAUGCCCAGGCUGCUACUGUGCCUAUCUUAAGGUAUUGCUUCAGCGGUGGUAUUAGUUGUUAUUCUUUCCUGAUACAGACAUGACUCUUUGAGCUCCACCAAGGCAUAUAUAACAAGAAGA